CCCAAAGGAAAAAACACCCUUAAAAAUUUCAUUGACACAAAUACCCCGUCUCUCUCUUAUCAUCCAGCUCUGUAUUUCCCUUCUCAGCCCUUACAAACCCUACACUCCCUCUUCUGCCCUUCUCUCUAUUUUCCCAAUCUCGCCCUUCUCUCCUCCUUGCCCUUCUACUCUCCCUUUGUUUUAUUUUUCCCGAUCUCUCCCUGCUCCCUUACCCGCCUUUUUUCAAAUUCUCCUUCUCUAUUUUUUUCUCUCCGAACACAUAAUUACAGUCAGAGAACCCUAAUUUUAUUUUUGGGUUCGGUCUUUACUUGUACCAGUGUCUACAAUUGACAAGUUCAGAUUUUGAUCAAUUCCCGCUUCAUAUUUUUCCAUGUUUAGAAUAUUCAAGGUUUGCACUGAUGCUAUGGGUACCAUAACAACUUGAAAUUGAUAGUUUGUUCCAGGCGCUGAUUUGUUGCAGCUGCUGAUAUAUUGCGAGUGAUAGAUUCAAUGGCUAACCAUGACUUGAUACUUGGGCAAAGUCACAAUUUAGGGCUCAGGCAGAAUCAACAGUUGGUCUUAGGCCAUGAUCACAAUUUGGGUCUAGGCCAGAACCAUGAUUUAGAACUGGGGCAAACACAUGAACAUCAUUUAGGUAUGGGACAUGAUCAUGAACUGGAUUUAGGACAUCAUCAUGACCAUGAAUUGGGUUUGGGACAGAGCCAGGAUGAUGAAGGGGAAGCUGGUCACAGUUAUGGGCAUGAGAAUGAUUUAAGUAUGGAUCGAAAACCUGGACAGGGAGACCAUGAACUGGCUCUUUCUGCUCAGAACCAUGAGUUAGCUUUAUCAGAGAACAAUGAAUUGGUUGUUUCAGAAAACCAAGAACUUGAUGACAACCUGGAACUAACUGUGGUCGAGGAGCAGGAAAUGGGAUUGGAACCUGCUCAGGAUUUGACUAUUGAGCAGUCCCAGCUCAUACUAUAUAGUCCUGUUAUUCAGGCCCGUACUCUUUCUAUAGCUCCUAACUUUGAGCUGGCAGUGGGGCAAGAGUUUCCAGAUGUCUUCAGCUGCCGCAGGGCAUUGAGGGAUACAGCGAUUGCCCUUCACUUUGAAAUGCAGACAAUAAAAUCUGACAAGACUCGUUUCACAGCUAAAUGUGCAACUGAGGGAUGUCCCUGGCGCAUACAUGCAGCAAAGCUCCCAGGUGUUCCAACUUUCACAAUCAGGACCAUCCAUGAGUCUCAUACAUGUGGAGGAAUUUCUCAUCUUGGCCAUCAACAAGCUUCAGUCCAAUGGGUUGCAAACUCUGUGGAGCAACGGCUUAAGGAGAAUCCUAAUUACAGGCCAAAGGAGAUAUUAGAAGAGAUUCACCGGGUACAUGGUAUCACUUUAUCAUAUAAGCAAGCAUGGAGAGGCAAGGAACGCAUCAUGGCUGCUAUGCGUGGAUCCUUUGAAGAAGGGUAUCGCCUGCUUCCCCAGUAUUGUGACCAGGUUAAACGGACAAAUCCUGGGAGUAUUGCAUCUGUUUAUGGAAACCCGACAGAUAAUUGCUUCCAGCAUCUCUUCAUAUCAUUUCAGGCAUCGAUUUAUGGUUUUCUGAAUGCCUGUCGGCCUCUCCUUGGCCUUGAUAGAACAUUUUUGAAAAGCAAGUACCUUGGUACUUUAUUUCUUGCCACUGGCUUUGAUGGGGAUGGAGCUCUUUUUCCCUUGGCAUUUGGUGUCGUUGAUGAAGAGAAUGAUGAGAAUUGGAUGUGGUUUCUGUCUGAGCUUCAUAACCUCCUUGAGAUUAAUACAGAAAACAUGCCAAGGCUUACAAUUUUGUCAGACAGGCAGAAGGGCAUUGUAGAUGGAGUGGAAGCAAAUUUUCCGACUGCUUUUCAUGGAUUUUGCAUGCGUCACUUGAGUGAAAGCUUCCGCAAAGAGUUCAAUAACACAAUGCUUGUCAACCUUCUAUGGGAAGCUGCUCAUGCUCUAACUGUGAUUGAAUUUGAGGCAAAAAUUCUGGAAAUUGAGGAGAUAUCACAAGAUGCUGCAUAUUGGAUACGGAGAAUCCCCCCUCGGUUGUGGGCUACUGCAUAUUUUGAAGGUACUCGAUUUGGACAUUUGACAGCUAAUAUAGUUGAAUCAUUGAAUACAUGGAUUUUGGAAGCAUCCGGGCUUCCAAUAAUUCAGAUGGUGGAAUGCAUUAGGAGGCAACUAAUGACCUGGUUCAAUGAACGCCGAGAGACCAGUAUGCAGUGGACAUCAAUACUCGUGCCUUCUGCUGAGAGGCGUGUUGCAGAGGCGUUGGAGCGUGCACGCACUUAUCAGGUGCUUCGUGCUAAUGAAGCUGAAUUUGAAGUUAUAUCUCAUGAAGGAACAAAUAUUGUGGACAUUCGGAACCGCUGUUGCCUUUGUCGGGGUUGGCAGCUAUAUGGUUUACCUUGUGCACAUGCUGUGGCAGCACUUCUCUCUUGCAGGCAGAAUGUGCAUCGGUUUACGGAGAGCUGUUUUACUGUUGCAACCUAUCGAAAGACUUAUUCACAAACCAUUCAUCCAAUUCCUGAUAAAAGUCUCUGGAUUGAGUUUUCUGAGGGAGAUCCAGAUUCCAACAAGAUUGUUGAGGUUAUCAUCAAUCCACCCAAAUCACUUAGGCCACCCGGUCGUCCAAGAAAGAAGCGAGUACGAGCAGAAGAUCGUGGCCGCGUGAAGCGAGUUGUGCAUUGUAGCCGUUGCAAUCAGACCGGCCAUUUUAGAACAACAUGUGCAGCACCCAUCUAAUUUGUGACUGACUAUGGUGAUUUUUUCUGUAUUUGGGUACGCCACUCCUGUGCAAAAGUACUUUAGCUGCUGCUUUUGUUCUUUGUAGUCUGUGAUAGUUGUUAGAUUAAGCUUAUCGCUAGCUAUCAUCGUAUAUGUAUGUUUACCUCAAAAGUACAAUAUUGUGGGUAAUUGUAGCCUUCAAUAUCAAGAUAGCGAUUCUGGUGUCAUGUAAUUUUUAAUUUCCUCCUUAUUUAGUUGAGUUAGUUAUGUUUUCUAACGCUAUUAUGUAUAGUACAUUUUUCCUGAGCUUGAGCUGGCGAUUAUUUAUCUAGCUAAUGAUUCUUAUUUUUUA